GAACUAUAGUCAAAAUUAAUAAUAAAAAGUAAUAUAAUAAAUACUUUAAAAGGUUUUGAUGUUGCACAAAUAGUAGUAGCCUGGUAAGUAUGGACUAAGUCGGAAGGCGCAGCGUAAUUCUCGCUGUGAUGUGAACUCCGGGAGCGGACGCGCUUUCCAGGUGAAGCUGCUGAUAUAUCUCUGAUGGGAUUGAAUUGAUGGAGGGAUGGAGGGAGGGAGGGAGCUCAGUAGGGAGGGAGGGAGGGGAGAGAAGCGAAAAGGGGGAUCGUUCUCCCGCUCAUAUAACGCGACAUCUCUCUUUCCUCCUCUCCGCUGGCGACACACGCGACGCGCAACCGACACCCCGCGCUCCUCUCCCGACCCAAAAGCGCUCCGUUGCUUCGCGAUGCGGAACCCAGAGCCAUGAAAAUGCUUCGGUUCCGGAGUCCGAGCAUCUCCUCCCUCGCGCAGGAGGUCCGGUGCACGGUUCGCCUGCUCGACGACUCCGAGAUCGCGUGCGGCAUCCAGAGGGACACUAAAGGACAGUUUCUCUUGGAUCAUGUGUGUAAUCACUACAGCCUGUUGGAGAAGGAUUACUUCGGCAUCAGAUAUGUGGACCCAGAGAAACAAAGGCAUUGGUUGGAUCCGAGCAAACCGGUCGUGAAGCAGAUGAAAUGUCAGCAGCCGUACACUAUGUGCUUCAGGGUGAAGUUCUACCCUCAGGAGCCAAUCAAGAUCAAGGAAGAGCUGACGAGGUAUCUUCUGUACCUGCAGCUGAAGAGAGACGUGUACCACGGUCGGCUGCUGUGUCCCUUCGCUGAUGCUGCGUACCUCGGAGCCUGUAUAGUUCAGGCUGAGCUUGGGGACUACGAUCCUGAGGAACAUCCUGCGGACUACAUCAGUGACUUCAAGCUCUUCCCCAAACAGUCCCUCAAACUAGAGCGCAAGAUCAUGGAGAUCCACCAGAAUGAGCUGAGGGGACAGUGUCCUGCCCUCGCCGAGUUAAAUCUCCUUCAGAGGGCUCACACACUGGACACAUAUGGAGUGGACCCACAUCCCUGCAAGGAUUUCACGGGAUCUACUGCCUUCCUGGGAUUCACUGCAAGAGGGUUUGUGGUUUUCCAGGGAAAUAAGCGGAUCCACCUUUUAAAAUGGGCAGAUGUCAGCAAAUUUAAGUUUGAAGGGAAAACCUUUUAUGUGAUUGGAGUGCAAAGAGAGAAGAAACUGGUUCUGACGUUCCACACCUCCACACCAGCGGCCUGCAAACACCUGUGGAAGUGUGCCGUGGAAAACCAGGCUUUUUACAAAUGCGCAAAGUCCAGUCAGAUCAAGACCGUGUCCAGCAGCAGUAUAUUUUUCAAGGGAAGCAGAUUUCGCUACAGUGGUCGGGUGGCUAAAGAAGUGAUUGAAGCCAGUUCGAAGAUUCAGAGAGAACCUCCUGUUGUUCACAGGUCUCAGUUCGGUCAAAGCAGAAGCUUUACUUCGCUCAGUCAUAAACAGCUGAUAAUGAACAUGGAGCCUCUUCUACCAGCACUGAGCUCCAGCAGGGAAAACAGAGACUCCUCCGCAGACAACGGACUCUCAGCUCUGAAGGACUCGGUUCAUCUGUCCCCGCUCAAACCGUCGGUCGCUCCCGAGGAGGCGGAGAUGGAGGAGAGGGAAAGCCACGUUCAGGACAGACGCGAAGACGAGUCAGCCAGCAGGACGAGAGCGGACGAGGAAAGGAGGGAGGUGCGCGUGGACCGCGAAGACGAAGCGUGCGCGGCCCUCACCAUCUCCGACACAGCCUACAGCCCGUGCGCCAGCAUGGUGCCCACGCCGGUGGAGGAGAGCCAGGGCGGCCUGGACCUGCUCUUCCAGAGCCCCGCGCGCCUGCUCAAGGAGCUGCACGCCGACCCCGAGAUGCAGCUGGAGCUCCAGGCCGAGAGGGCGAGGGAAGCGGCCAGAGAGGCUCUGGGUCAGGCCCUGUGCGGCCCGUCGAGCGGACGGCAGCAGAUGCAGGCGUGUCUGCGCAGCGCCGCCCGGCUGGUGCUGAUGGCCGCGGGCCUCCUCGUCGUCCUGCUGCCCCUGCUGCUCGUGCUGCUGGAGUCGGACCUGGACAUCUCCUUCUUGCACGACAUCCGACAGACGCCCGAGUUCGAGCAGUUCCACUACGAGUACUACUGCCCCCUGCGCCGCUGGUUCCUCUGCAAACUGGAAGUCAUGACGGAGCAGCUCUGGGGCGACUGAGGAAAUACCGGGGUGGGGGGACUUGGGACGGGAAUGCAAUGGACGGGACGGGACAGGUUUGCUCUCCUACAUCACUCGGUUUAUUCGUUCGCAUCGCAUCGCCGAUACCUUCUCGUAGCAGUAACGGAGGCAGUUACUUGCGCUAGUGCUUCAGUCACAGCGUUAGACAGCGGACAGCCUUUAUAGCUGUAUGACUUGCACAGCUUUGGUAGAAACGCGUUGGAGCAUCGUUUUUGAUAUCUUCAUUCAUUCCAUCUGCCCAUAAACCAGAGAAAAGAGCAUCAGUCAGGGUCCAAAAUUAACUUUUUUCCUCCAUUUAAAUAGUGAGCGAAUUCUCUGCAUGUAAAUGACUCUGUUUUACAGGUUUUGGUGUUAAUAUGACUACUAUAAGCCCACUUUCUCUCUAUAUACAGUCCUUUUUGGAAAGAAAUCAGCGCUUUUAUUUAGCAAGGGUGCGUUAAAUUGAUCAAAAGUAACAUAGUAAAAAAGUGUCAUAGUAAAAAAAAAAUUUCCUUAUCCACCAAAGCCGGUCUUCUUUGACAUUUGCUCGCCCGAAGUUAACUGUGGACCCUGAUGCCGGUCAGCGUGUGAAAUCCUGUAUAAACACACUCGGUCAACCUCCAUCGCAACACAAAUAAUGCACGUCAGACGUAGAAGAGGCACGGACAGGUAACGAGCUCAGACCCGCGUCCCUAAACCAAGACUUAUUUUCUUAAAAAUCGAAUUAUAGCUAUUAAGACGAGCAGAUUCUGACCUCAUAACACUGCAUUGGAACAAAUCUCUGCCUCUCGCAGAGCAACACACACAGAUACGAGAGAGGGCAAGCUAUACAUGCUAAAACGUAAUAUCUGUUUUUAAAAUUUUAUACAUUUUUAUGUGACGCGUACAGUUGCUUAUAUUUUUCAGCAAAAAAAAAAUAAGCUUAAGUUGUGUUAUUUAAACCGAUUUACAGUAAAAGUAGGCGGUAUACGAGUGAAAUAUUUUUAUUAUCGCCAACAAUUUACCUUAAGACGCCGCGCUGUGUUUUUAUAUAGAAUAGCACAAAGUAUAAGACUUUUUUUUUUAUUUUUUCUCUUUUUCAGAUUUUCAGAUGUCACGAGCAGAUGUGAUAGCAGGCCGCUAGUACAUUCGAGAGGCUCUUAACUGAUCACACAACAUGCAUAAACAUGCAAAAUACACCAAAACGAUGCACGGAAACCACCGCGAAUCCAAAUAUUUCACAUGUUCGUAAAAAACACAAGUGUCGCGUCGACAUCAUUUUGUGGAAGUCAGACGACCGAACGUAUUCAGACGACGAUAACAUCUCAUUUACAAACUGGGUCCAUUUGGCCCCAAGAAAAAGCUGCCAUUGGAAAAAGUCCCCUUUUCUUUGUAGAUUUUUUUAUUUUUAAUUUAUCAGUAUCGCAACGCUGUUUUCGCGCGGAAGCUCGUUUCCGCCGCAGGAUGAAAUAAAUAAAAGGGUAAUUGCAACUUUUUACUUUUUACGAGUUUUUUUCUUAGAACACCGGAAAGAAAAAAAAAAGUGAGAUUUGAACAAAUUUGAGAAAAAGACGUAAAUUCACGAAUUAGACCAAAAAAAUGAAUGGUGGGAUAUAAACUCGCAAAUUUAAAAAAAACAAAAAGGUUGAAUUUUGAGAUAUAAACUAAUUUGAGGCUAAAUUGUGAGAAAUAAACUAGCUAUUGUUAGAUUGUUAGAUUCAUUUUUAUUUGUAUUUGCUGGUGGAAAAAAUACAAUAAAAUAAAUGUAUAAACUUCAUUGAUUAAAACAUUGAAAAUUCUAAGAAAAAGUUAUAAAUACCUUUAUUUAUUUCUUAUUUUGAUUCCGUGGAAGAAAAAAAGCUUCCAUGGUUUUCGAUUCGGUAAUCAGUGAAGGGGUUCAGUCGUUCGUGUAAAGCUUGAGCGAAUCGAUUGAAUCCUAAAAUGCGUUUGCAUACCGUUUUUUUGUUGUUGUUGUUGUUGUUAGGCCCAUUAGCUUUUGCAACACUGAAGAACCUGUGAAGACUUGCUCUAUUUACACUUUUUUAUGCAUUUAAUUAAACGGAAGCUACGUCUCCUGAUUGCGUUUGCGUUUCCGUCAGAGGUCAAGGCCGGCUCACAGCACGGCACGUUUAACCAAUCAAAAUCAACACGGCUACUAGUGACGCAACUCUGAUGUGACGUCACGUCUGUUGCUGAGGUGACAGCUAAAGGGCUAACGACACGUUUCUGUCAAUGCAUCACGCUCAACAGAGUCGUAGUAGUUCAGCAUGAACCCAGAUCGCUGAUAUUUAACGUCUAACAGCAGGUGGCGCUCUCAGGAACGAAUGUCAAAUACCGGAGGAUCUUUAUUUUCUGAUAAAAAUAUAAAACAAAACAAAUAUGCAUCUUAGCAUAAAGGCAUUUAUAUGGAUACGUUACCGCGAAGUAGAUAUUCGAUCGCCGUUGUAUGUUAUUUGUGGCUCGUGUGGUUGAUAUUCAUACAGACUCAUAUUUAUUACCAUCACCGCGUGCGCAUCAUCAAAUCAUACGGCAUGCGCGCGUGAUUCAAUCAGUGUUCUUCAAUGUAGACGAAUAGAUCUUUUUCUGAUAUGUCAUGAAUACUUUUUUCCUUUUUUUAAAGAUCACACUGUAUACGCUUCCGGUCAAAAACUUGGACACAGUUAACUGUCAUGAUUUGUCAUAAAUUGUGCAUUAAUUCAUACUAUAUUAACGCAUACAUAUUUAAUUAAUACUGAUAUUUAACGUGCCCCUACAAACAAUCCUUAUUAAUUAAUUAUGGAAUUUUUAAUUUAAAAAAAUUGUUUUAUUUUAAUUUUUUUUUUUUUUAAAAUACGUUUUAUACAUUUUUAAGUUUUUUAUUUAAAUUAUUUGCACUUUUUUCAGUGCAUGUCUUAAACAAUUAUAUAGACAUUUAAUAACAUGCACUUAUUUUAUACUUACAUGUUUUUACAUUGCACUUUUAUUUAAAAAAAAAAAACCUGUAUGCAAUCCCUUCCACUUUUCAAUUCUUAGCUAAACAACUUGAAAAAAAUUAAUUUUACAUUUCUUUAUCUAUUACUUAUUCGAAGCACAUAGUCGCUAAAACACUUAAAGUGGGCCGUAAUAUCGUAUUAAUUUUAAACAAUUGAAUUUUAAUCUUAUGAAAAAAACCAGUGAAUUUUAAAUUUGAACAAAUCAGCUUGUUUUUAUUCGAUGUCGUGUGAUUUGGUCACUAAAUAGCCCCUGCACCUCAAUUUGCGUUCUCCUGUGGCUUUAAUGACUUAUUAAUAAUGACUAUCGUUUUAUUAACAGAAAAGUGUGUCCAAACUUUUCUCCGGUGGUGAAAACUUCAGCACGUAUACCAUCUGUAAAUACGCGUGUAUUCGGGCUAACUGAGUCUUAUUCGUAUGUGAUCGUGGGACUGCGAAAAACGACACGAAGGCUUUAUUCUCUCGCGUCGCGUUCAGGUUUCUCUGGACUUUCAGCUCAGGGUUGAGUCGCAUUCAUUGAUAGAUCCGUGAAGCAGAAUACAACAUUGAUGCUUUGUUCUGACGCUGCUGUCAAUGUCGUGGUUCUCACUGUAAUAAAAUCAUCACGUAUGUGGACAAUGUAUAUAAUAGGUAGUCAUGCUUUGUGCUUUAAUGUGUGUCAUCACGACCGAUGAAAGCAGAGAAGCGGUGGCCAUAGAGCAGAGCUUCAAUCGUUUCUCCGCAGCUUGAUUCAAUUCGUCCGUUAACCUGAGCAUCUCUUAUCAUGUAUUGUAGUGUGGCAAAAUAUAGAUGUCCAAACUCAUUUUAAUUGGCCGGAGGGUGAACGUGUUUCAUAUAGCAAUCAGCAAUGUCAUGCACUGGAAUUUGUGUUUAUUGUUUUUGUAGCCUUGCUAUUCUGUUGCAUGAUGGGACACCGAGACUAAUUUAACCGAUUCCUUUGUUAUAUGUUUGGUAGAACUGUGAUAUCACCUGCCUAUGAACACGCAAAGCUCUGAUAGAAACCGAAAAUUCAAUAGACUAUAGUCCAAAAUAAUAAUAAUAAUAAUAAUAAUAAUAAUAAAUAAAUAAUUGGCAAAUUAUUAACAUGUAUUAUUAGUAUUAAGGGAAUUAGUAUCAUUUAACAUACUGUGAAAGUAAACUAAUUAAAUGUGUCGUAUUUCUAAAUAAUUAAAAAAAUUAAAAACAAUGGUAUAUAUUGAGAAUCAUUGAGAACGAUGAGAAUUUCAAACAAGGAAAACAAUUAGGAGGGAAAUGUGCUUAAUUAUAUUAAGAAUAUAAUGUUACAAUGCAAAAAAUGGGCUUAUAAAUAAUGUAAAAUAUAUCGUAUUUUUUAUAAUUUUUUUCAUGUUUUCAGGGUGACCUGGAAAAGGAUAACACGUUAGAGGUGACUUAAUUGUACAUGCUGUGAUUAAAAUCGUCGAUCGAGGGGAAUAAAAAAACCUAUAAUACGGUCAAACAUGGAAACCACCUAUCGCCCUUUAAAAACUGAUAAUUUUACAAUAAAAAAGAAAAUAUGCAAAGUAACUGAACAUCCGGAAAAUGCUUGUACAUGUUUUUUUUUUGUUUUUGUUUUUGUUUCUUUUUCGAGGUUUGAGAUAUUUUUAAGUAUUUGGUGAUUUCCACUGCAUAUGUGACUUGUGUUUUGUUUGCAUGUUAAGCAGCAUUAUAAAUGUUUCAGUUUAAAAACGGUCCGUCAUUUGAUUUCAAAAUACAACUCUGGGAGUAUCAAAAAAAAAAAAAAAAAAAAAAAAAUCAGUUUCCAGAUCCGCUGGGAAUCGCCUUAUUAAAUUUGUAAAGUGAUUUUUGAUUGUUUAUAUGUUAAAAAAAAAGAAUUGUUUUAUAUGUUAGUACUGCCACAAUAAAACUGAAGUGAAAACAC